CACAAGCGGAUGGUGCCUUUAUAUAUGCAGGGUCGAAGAACAGUUUCGCACUGCGCAGUAGCAGUGACCUCGCCUCACACCAAGCCGACAAUGGCUGACGUGAUCGCCGGUAGAUGGGACAGAUCCUCUCUUGAUUCCGACGGCAGUUUCGUAGCAGAUAGGCUUGAAGCAGGCUGCCUAAAGAACGUAGUGUAUAAGACGAUUAAGUCGUUGCGCACUGCUGCCAAAAUGAAAAUCACACAAGCGGAUGGUCCCUUUAUAUAUGCAGGGUCGAGGAACCGUUUCGCACUGCGCAGUAGCAGUGACCUCGCCUCACACCAAGCCGACAAUGGCUGACGUGAUCGCCGGUAGAUGGGACAGAUCCUCUCUUGAUUCCGACGGCAGUUUCGUUGCAGUUAAGGCGCAUUCACACCGGCCAAGCGGGAAAGCGGGGAGCGGCAAAAAGCACGCGGGUUUCCAACGCGGCGUGGCGGCGCGCGCACGGAGUUGUUCAGACCACCCGCCUGGCCUAGCUGCCCGCGCCGCCGCUCGCGGAGCCUCGCGCUUUCACGAACGCCGCGAGAGCUUGCGCCACUUGCCCCGCUUGCAGCACUUUCGACAAACCAGCUGUCCGCGCGCUUUCGCUGCUCUCGCUUGCUAACCACUAGUGAAGAAUGAUCAGCUCGGACGAAGAAGACGAAAUAGUUUGCAUUCUGCUUGUAGCAGCUGUUCAAGACGAGCAGCAGAACGCUCGAAGGAAAACAGCCCGCGAACGCCGCUGGUGGGUUCGCCCCGCCUUGCAAGAACGAGAGAGAAUGGGUCAUGCCAGUGCUUUGCUGCCCCAUCUUCGUUCGCGGGAUGUGGAAUACUACAGAGAUUAUUUGAGGAUGCCCCCGCGCUCCUUCGACACGUUAUUACAUCUCCUGAAACCAAGGAUACAAAAAGCUGACACAAACUACCGAAGGGCAAUUCCUCCAGAGCACCGGCUAGCGCUAGCUGUCAGGUUCCUGGCUGCAGGGGAGACGCUGCGCUCCUCAUCUUUCAAUUUUCUAUCUGGCCGCUCUACGGCUUGCGUGAUUGUCGCCGAAGUAUGCCAGGCCAUUUCGGACGUCCUCGGGCCUAUUUACGUCGCUCGGCCGUCCACACCAGAUGAAUGGCUAAAGGUUGCGAGGGACUUUGAAGACAAGUGGAACAUGCCACAUUGCCUGGGUGCGAUAGAUGGAAAACACGUGAAUGUUGAGUGUCCGGCAAACUCUGGAAGCAGAGACCGAAACUACAAAAAUUCGUUCAGCAAGUCGAUGCUCGCAUUGAGUGACGCCAACUACAGCUUCCUGUAUGUUGAAAUCGGCCACCAUGGAAGCGAAUCAGAUGGUGGCAUCUUCAGCAGGAGCAACCUACAAACGAAAAUUAUUGACGGCACUCUUGGUGUUCCUGCAUGCGCAAGUCUUGGAAAGAUAGGCGACAUUCCUUAUUUUUUCGUCGGCGAUGAAGCCUUCCCUUUGAAGACGUACAUGAUGAGGCCGUACUCAAAAAAAAGUCUUCACCCUCUUCUGUUAGGGAACUCAUCGAUGGCAACAGCGCAACCCUGCAGUGCAGACAGCAGCGCAAGCACACAAUUUGAGGAGUUGCAGCAGAAAAGAAUAUUUAAUUACAGAUUAAGCAGGGCUCGCAGAGUUGUAGAAAAUGCCUUUGGUAUAUUGGCACAGAGAUGGCGGAUCCUUCGCCGGCCUUUCAAGGCGAAGGAAGACAACAUCAGGAGGAUAGUGUCCGCAUGUGUAGUACUGCACAACUUCCUUUUGAAGGAAUCACCUGACUCAAAAGCAAUGUACUGUCCACCGGGUACCACUGACACUGAGGACUGGCAAGGCAACCUGACUGAUGGGAACUGGAGGGCUGACAGUGCAGACAGUGGAGCUCUGGUCACCUUGCACGGCACAGGUUGCCACUCGACCAGGGUUGCAUAUGCCAUUCGCGACAAACUGUCAAGGUAUUUUAUCACAUAUGGGAGGGUGCCAUGGCAGGAGAGCCAUGUGAAAGACUGCAGAUGGUGACAGCCGUGCAACCUGUAGUAAUAUGUGAAAUCCUUACGUUUCGAAGGUGUCACUCGGAGUUUGAUGAGCACUUCUUACAGCGGGGAAAAUGUCUGUUGGAGC